UGUGAUUGUUUUUAAACAUCAAAAAGUUCACAUUUUUGUGCGAAACAUUCAUCCGUAUAAGAUAAUUUUCAAAAAAUCGGUGGAAAAUCUCCGUUAAAUGGAACUAUUUUCCUUCCUUUGGAUCGUAUAAUGUCUGAAGGAGCCGGCCCUGGCGAAAAUAAGGCUGCUGUAAAGAGCUCGAACAGCAAAAAGCGCCAACAACAGCAGCAAAGCCAGAACAACAAUCGAAGCCAUCCUGCAGCGGAGGUAAACAAGAAACAUUCAGAGCAGGCAGCUCCUGCUACGGGCAACGGCAUCUCCGAAACGGGAACCGGAAGCGGACGCAAGUUUAGCGAUCGACACUUGCUGAAAAAGCGACCCUUGCCCAAAUAUUUUACUAGGGAGAACGAUAUCUACGUUACACAUAAGUCGGAUUUUACGUUUCAAUUCAAGAAGUGUUUGGAACUUUUGAAUUCCGAUAUCGGGGAGGUGUUUCUCCAUUGUACGGGUCGUGCCAUCAAUCGGGGUAUUAAUCUAGCGCUCAAAGUAAAAGCGGAAUACCCGGAUGCGAUUGAAUUCGAAGUUAACACUUCUACAAUAACAGUAACCGACGAUCUCCAUCCGCUAAAAGACGACGACGACUUUGGGGAACAGAAGCGAAUGAAUUCUUGUCUCCACGUUCGACUGUAUCGUACCGUUAAGCAGACGAAAUCGAUAAUUACAGUCGGUACCCCCGGUAGCAAGUCCAUCACCCCCGGUACGGUCUCUUCCUAG